AUGGCACCACACAUUGGCGAAGCAUACGUCAUGGAUAACGCCAAAGUACUAGUCCUUCUAAGCAAGUUUAUCGUGGGGAAUACCGAAGCUGAAGCGACUCUCCAAGCCAUCAACAUUGCAGGCAAUGGAAGAGAAGCAUUCAACGCACUACGUACCCACUAUGAAGGUGAAGGGAUACUAGCCAGCGACAUUGUCGAAGCUGAACACACCAUCAAAGAACUGUGUUACAUCGGUGAAAAACCAAAAAUGAACUGGUCCAUGUUUGAACGAAUGCUAAAGAAAGCGUAUGCAGCAUGCAACAAACAUGAGGGGAGAGAAGUCCAUUCAGACGCAAUGAAACUGCGUAGCCUACAAAGCAAGGUUACAGCACCAUUUUACAACUGA